AUGCGAAUGAAGAGAGCUAAUGAUGGCAGUGACAGUGACAAAGGCUCUGUCUCCAGUAUGAGCACCUCAGAUGCAAAGCUGCCAAAGCUAGAGCUUCCCAAAUAUGAUGGUGAUCUGACCCAAUGGCAGUCAUUUUGGGAUAGAUUUACAGCCUCAAUAGACAGGACUGACAUACCUGUUAUUACUAAGUUCACUUAUUUACAAUCAGUGUUACAAGGAAAAGCAUUGUCUGCCAUCCGAGGAGUAACACUCACUGUUCCAAAUUACAAGGUUGCAUGUGAUAUAUUGAAGAACAGAUUUGGCCGACCUCAAAUAAUCAUAAAUGCACAUAUUCAUGCACUAAUGAAUAUCUCUGUAGCUCCUAAAAUAAGAGGAGCAAAUUAUGUUGAAUCGCUGUGGAAUCUUCUAGACCAGCUCCAUUGGCAUGUAAGAAGUUUGGAGAGCUUUGGCAUUAAUAAUAAACAAUUUGGCGUGGUGUUAACUCCAUUGGUCUUGGGUCGUCUGCCUCAAGAGAUAAGAUUGGAAUGGUCAAGGGAAUCUACAAAUCAUGAAGGUGACCUGGAAUGGCUGCUGACGUUCCUGCAGAAGGAGAUAAGCCGUCGAGAGAGAUCUGAAACUUUCCCGGACGUUGGGAUGGGGAAGCCUGAACGACGAUUUGUGGACUCGGAGAAAAGAAGAGUGGCUUCUGCAUCGGCUCUUCACACCUCAUCUGAAGUAGGAUCUUCUUAUUGUGCUUUCUGCAGCAAGAAACACAAGUCUGAGAAGUGCUGGGAUAUCCUGAAGCUCCCUUUGAAGGAACGUGAAGAAAAAAUCAAAGCUGGUUUGUGUUUCAAGUGUUUAUUUGUCAAAGCAAGUGUUCUAAGUGUAAUGGCAAUCAUAAUUUUCUUCUGUGUAGAUCAAAGGGCGCAGGAAGCACAGAAAAGGCUAUGGAAAAAAGUUCCCCAAGUGAAUCAUGUUGGUGUGACUCUUAGCAAGUGUAAUGUGUUGACGAAGACUAGCUGUGUGCUACAGACUGCUAGAGUUAAAGUGUUUGGCGAGUCAGGUGCUUGUUGUGAAGCCACCUUGUUGUUUGAUACAGGCUCUGAUAGAUCUUACGUGUCCAGUAAUCUUGUGAAGAAAGUUAAGCCCAAGUGGGUGAGCUCAGAACCUGUGUCAUAUGCUGCUUUUGGAGGUAGUAAGUCUCCUCCAGGUAAACAGAGUAAUAUUUUUGACUUGCAAUUAGUAGGUUUACAUGGUGCAAAACAUUUAAUGGCUUUAGAGAUUCCAAAGAAUAAUAGUCACCUGAAUAUAGACAUACUUGUAGGUUUGGAUGCUUAUUGGGGAUUUAUGGAUCCUGAAAUUAAGCCACAUCAGAGUAAUGGAUUAGUAGCCCAAAAGUCUGUAUUUGGUUGGGUGUUAUCUGGUUCAUGGAAGGUUCCUACUAUCAGCAACUGUGAGUCUACACAAAUGUUGUGUAUAGGAAAUGUGACAGAUUCUGAUUUACGUGAGUUUUGGGAUUUAGAAUCUGUUGGCAUAACUCAAAAGGAAGCUGUUCCUAGCCCAUUUACCUCAGACCCUGUUUUGAAGCAAUUUUGUGAAAAUGUUAAGUUUGAAGAGGGACGCUAUGAAGUAGGCUUACCUUGGAAGUCGGAUGACUGCAAGAAGAAUCUUAUGAAUAAUGAGGGAAUUGCUAGGAAAAGGUUGCAAGGAUUAGGGCUUGUCAAAGAGAGUAGUUCUUCAACUAAGGUCAGACCAGUUUUUGAUGCUUCUGCAACUAGUUAUAAUGGCACUUCUUUAAAUGAUUGUCUUGAGUCUGGUCCUUCACUUAACGCUGAUCUUGUGAAAGUAUUGGUUCGUUUCAGAAAGUGGAAGGUUGCAUUGACUGCUGAUAUUACAAAGGCAUUCUUGCAGAUUUGUGUUCGGCCAGAAGACCGAGAUGUUCAUCGCUUUUUGUGGAAAUGCAAAGACUCCAUUAGAAUGAUGAGGUUUGUUCGUGUUCCCUUUGGUAAUACAAGUAGCCCUUUUUGCUAA